GUACAUGUGUGGAUGUCUGCCGUGAGUCAGUGGAGUUCACUGAACCGUCGCGAAUAGACGUUUCCGCCCACAAGAAAGAUGGCGGCUCCCUUGCUGGAGAGUCUGUCGGAGUCCUUAGGUUCCCCGGAGCCAGCGGUUCGUCUCAUAUUAUCUAUUUUAAUCGGGUAUCCCUGUGCUCUGGUGUACCGGCGGUUUUUGUUCUACCAACCUGCCACAGUCAUACACUUGUUCCACACGCUCUCUGGACUGGCGUUAGCAGCAUUCAACUUUGGCCCUCAGCUCUAUCACUCUGCAGUAUGCAUCCUAGUUCAGUUCCUGAUGCUGAGGCUCAUGGGAAGGACGGUAACGACAGUCCUGUGCAGCUUUACCUUUCAAAUGAUUUACCUGCUGGCAGGUUAUUACUACACAGCUACGGAGGAGUAUGACAUCAAAUGGACCAUGCCUCAUUGUGUCCUCACACUCAAACUCGUUGGUUUGUCAUUUGAUUUCUAUGACGGCGGAAAGGAACCUGCCCAACUGAGUUCAGAGCAGAAGAGUGCAGCCCUGCCAUCUGUGCCCUCUCUGCUCGAGGUGUGUGGCUUUUCUUACUUCUACGGAGGCUUCCUGGUGGGUCCCCAGUUUACACUUCGCAGCUACCAGAGACUGGUGGCAGGGGAGCUCACCGACUGCCCCGGAAAGCCUCCCAAUAGUGUUGUACCGGCGAUGAAGAGAUUUGCUUUAGGUUUUCUCUGCCUGGUGAUAUAUGCAAUAUUUAGUCCCUAUUACUCUGAUAGCUACUACUUAACAGAUGAGUAUGAGGCUCAACCUUUCUGGUAUCGCUGUGUCUUCAUUCUCCUGUGGGCAAAAGUCAUCUUGUAUAAAUAUGUCAGCUGUUGGCUUAUAGCGGAAGGUGUGUGUAUAUUAUCUGGACUGGGCUAUAACGGUUCAGUGAAUGGUGAGCACCAGUGGGACGCCUGUGCCAACAUGAAGGUGUGGCUGUUUGAAACCACGCCACUCUUUGGCGGAACCAUCAGUUCCUUCAACAUCAACACAAACGCCUGGGUUGCCAGACAUGUUUUCAAACGGUUAAAGUUCCUCGGCAACAAGACCCUGUCUCACGUGACCACGCUCCUCUUUCUGACGAUCUGGCACGGUCUCCACUCGGGCUACAUCCUGUGCUUCUCCAUGGAGUUCUUCAUCAUCACUGUGGAGAGACAGGCCCUGGCACUGGUGAGGGACAGCCCCUUGCUGUCAAAGCUGGCCAACAGUGCACUGUACCCUCUCAUCUAUGUGGCCCAGCAGUUUUUCCAUUGGCUCUUCAUGGGCUACCCCUUAGUGCCGUUCUGCCUCUUCGCCUAUGACAAGUGGCUCAAGGUGUAUUCGUCCAUCUAUUUCUGCGGUCAUGUAUUCUUCCUCGUAGCCUUUUUAAUAAUGCCAUACCUCCGGAAGGCACUGGUGCCUAAGAAAGAACGGAGCCAGAAGGAGGAUUAAACUUUAGUACUCAGACCUUGCAUGGUCUGUCUAAGGCUGAAUAUCCACUGAAGGGAACUGUGACUUUCAAGGAGCAGAAUGGAAAAUAUUUUAAGGCCUUUAGUAAUAUAUAUACAUGUCCAUGUAAAAAUAAAUUUCUAUAUAUUUUUGUGUUUUAAACGGGAGGGUGUUUGUAAAAACAUUUUGAGAAAUGUUUACAGGAAACGACCAUCGUGCCACAUGGGGUAAUUGUGAGCCAAUCAGGGGUGAUUUCCUGUUUUGUUCGUUUUUCUGUUUCUUUUUUUUAAAAGAAAUGUUGGACUUGGAGAACCUGAGAGACUUACAUGCUGUCGAGACAGAAUUGCACUCACCAGUCACGGGUUCAGAGUCUGUCAUUGGCUCCAAUGUGUUAAAUUUUUGUUUGUUCGUUUGUUUCAUGUCUGACAUUAUCUCACAUUAAGCACCCACAUGUUAACAGCAGCUAAAGUUUUCACAGGAGGUUAAAGCACAGCUCCAGCCCAUGUGGCACUUUCUGAUGUAAUAAUACGAAAGGCAACAGCUUUCUGCACAACACGGAGAAUAAUGAUGAUAAUAAUAGUAAUCAAAGGGGUCUUGAAAAUGGCUGCCGGUGGUUAUACAAGCACUGUAAAUCACACACUGAACACUAACUCCCGAGUCAAAAUGGCCUUGUAUUAAUGAAUGUUUUUAUAGUACUUUUGUUUUGGUUUUAAUUUGAUUUGUGAUGAAAAAAGACUUGAUUUUAUAAAGUUUUAAUGGCUUUUAUGAAAAAGAACAUUUUGUAGCUUUGGAUAAGAUUUCAUGAAUGACUUUGCAUUGUUCUCCUGCCUUUUUCCUCGUUGAUGUUUCUGUUUUUUGUACCUUCUCAAUCCCCUUUCAGCUUUGACAUACACAGAUGUGACAGUGGGUAACUGAAUGAGGAAAACAUGGGAACUGCACAACAAUUUAGCCAAAAGAGUAAUUCUGGUUCAUUAUAUAUUCACUUUAAUCUGUAAACAUUGGGCUGUUUUUGAAUCGAGGAAUCAUUUUGAACUGGAAGCAACCAAACAAACCAAACAACUGCCUGAGAGAAAAUACACUUCUGUGUUUCACCUGCGGCCUGUUCUUCGUUUUUUUUUCUAACAGCAGGCGAUGAUUUAAAAAAGCGUGAAGCAAAAGCAUCCCAUCCCACCUCGGGAAUGCCUCUUAUACUUUGUUUAAUUGAUUUAUUUCUCAGGCGGAGGCUGGAUUGUCUGAUCCAUGUUAUGCUAAAGAAAGUCCUCUUAACACACACAUGGAGAGGACAGACCUCACUGUAGCAGCAGCCCUGAUUUUUGGUGAUAUUUAUACAUGACAUGGUGAUUACUAAUUGAUGUGAAUUGCUAUUUCAAGAGACAACUUUUUGCCUUAUUCCUACCAAAUGUACAAAGGAAAAGAGAACUUGGAAUAGUGACAAAUUUGUGUUGGGGAUAGGGGAGGGGGUGCUUUUUCAAAAUAAUUUUUAUAAUGUUCAUUAAAAUGCUGCAUUUCAAGUGA